UGAUUGACAGAACUUGCUUAAAGUGGUCCGUCACCAGCUGUGGUGCCCGAGGAACUUGUCGGUUAUAUAACUCUGUGUUAUUUGGGUGAUCCCGUCUAAUCAAACCUCAACAACAACUGGAAACAUUGCCGUCAUUUCCAUAUUUCCAUCAUGGACCAAAAUCAACCCACUACCGCAACAGAGGCAAAACCUUCAAAGAAACAGAGAGGAAGAUUCUGUGAUGCAUUCAAGAUGUUCCUGGCAGCUCUGUCUCUGAGCUACAUCUGUAAGGCUCUAAGUGGAACCAUAAUGAAAAGUUCCAUCACUCAGAUAGAACGGAGAUUUGACAUAUCCUCUUCCGUUGCUGGUGUAAUUGAUGGAGGCUUUGAAAUCGGAAGUUUGUUUGUGAUUCUAUUUGUAAGUUAUUUUGGAUCUAAACUACACAGACCGAAGAUCAUUGGCAUUGGAUCUCUUAUAAUGGGAGCCGGAAGUAUUUUAACAGCUUUACCACAUUUCUUCAUGGGCUAUUACAGAUAUUCUAUGGAAGAAUAUAGCAAUUCAUCAGAGAGUUCAACUUCGAACUUCACAACCUGUUCAGCCUAUGAGAGUCCAUCCUUCAAUGGAACAGCACCUGAAAUAACGGGAAAAGGUUGUGGAAAGGAAUCUGGGUCCAACAUGUGGAUGUACGUCCUGAUGGGGAACAUGCUUCGUGGAAUAGGUGAAACCCCUAUCGUCCCACUGGGCAUCUCUUACAUUGAUGAUUUUGCUAAAGAAGGAACUUCUUCCUUUUAUUUAGGUACUUUGAAUGCAAUAGGGAUGAUUGGCCCAAUCAUUGGCUUCGUAUUGGGAUCUCUGUUUGCCAAAAUGUAUGUGGAUAUUGGAUUUGUGGAUCUGAGCACUAUCAGAAUAACUCCUAAGGACGCUCGUUGGGUUGGUGCUUGGUGGCUUGGUUUCCUUGUGGCUGGAACUUUAUCCAUUAUCUCUUCCAUUCCAUUCUUCUUCCUGCCCAAAAAUCCCAAUGAACCAGAGGAAAAAAGGAAGGCUUCAAAAUCCGUGUAUGUGCUCAAAACAAAUGAAGACAAGAGCCAAGCUGCUAGUCUGACCGGCCAUGGACAAACAGUUACUGGAACCGUGACAGGUUUCUUCACAUCUUUGAAAAGCAUAAUUACCAAUCCUCUAUAUGUUUUAUUCUUGUUUGUGACAUUGAUUCAAUUCAGCAGCUUUAUUGGUUCUGUAACUUAUGUCUUCAAAUACGUAGAGCAGCAGUAUGGUCAGUCCGCAUCUCAGGCCAACUUUGUGCUUGGACUCGUAACCAUACCUACUCUUGCAACUGGGAUGUUUACAGGAGGAUAUAUCAUCAAAAAAUUCAAGUUUACCCUGGUUGGAAUUGCCAAAUUUUCAUUCUCUACCUCUGUAUUGUCUUUCUUAUUUUUUCUAUCACAGUUUGCGCUAAUCUGUGAGAACAAACCAGUGGCUGGCCUAACCUUGACCUAUGAUGGAAAUUAUCCAGUGACAUCUCAUCUAGAUGUGCCACUCUCCCAUUGCAACUCAGAUUGCAACUGUGACAAAAGUCAAUGGGAACCUGUCUGUGGCAGCAAUGGAGUAACAUACACAUCCCCCUGUCUCGCAGGCUGCAAAUCCUUCAGUGGCCACACAAAGCCAACUGUGUUUCACAACUGUACUUGUGUGGAAGAAGCUGGUCUCCAGAAGAGGAACUUCUCAGCCUCCUUGGGGGAAUGCCCACGGGGCGCUGACUGCACAAGGAAGUACCACAUUUACUUGGCUAUGCAGGUUCUUAGUAGUUUUUGCGCGGCCUGUGCAGGCCCUGCAUUUAUCCUGCUGAUUGUUGGAGUUGUUCAGCCUGAAUUGAAGUCACUUGCAAUGGGUUUCCACUCACUGAUGAUUCGGACACUAGGAGGGAUUCCAGCUCCAGUAUACUUUGGGGCUCUGAUUGAUAGAACUUGCUUAAAGUGGUCCGUCACCAGCUGUGGUGCCAGAGGAACUUGUCGGUUAUAUAACUCUGUGUUAUUUGGAAACAGAUUUCUGGGCUUGUCUACAUUCUUAAAAUCCCUAGCACUUAUUUUAUACGUUGUGCUCAUUUCUGUCAUGAAGAAAACAGUUAAAGGAAAAAGUACCAAGUCAACAGAAAAUGGAAAGAAGGCUUUGGAUGAUGCAAACUUAGAAUCCUUAAGCAGCAAUGGACGUUCUGCACCUUCUGCUGGAGCAGACGGAGAGACACAUAUUUAAGGGAUGACAAAAAGAACCCUUCUGCUGCAGUUCCACUCAACACAAUGGUGACACACCAAGAUGUCAUUUUCAAGCAGUUCCUGGUCCUUCAUGGAGAAUUCUACCACUUUUACAGUUUAUAGAACAAUGAAUCACAAUUAACGAGCCCAUUCAUUUAUAAUGA